GCUUCACGGACUUUGUCUCCCUUCUAUUCUCCAUUUUUUUUUUCCUUUUUUUCUUUCUUUCUUUCUUUUUCCUUUACUCUGCCCUUCAACCUCCUUGCCCUUUCCUGCAUUGUCGACCUCCUGCGGCUUGCCCUGUCACUCCCGGGAUCGUUUCAACUGCCCGAGCCCCAGCCCUGAAUGUAGGCUCAGCUUUCUCUACUAACCUCCCUUCCCGGCCCUUCAAGAAUGCGGACCGAUUUGAUCCUAUCAGACAUCCACUCCUUGAACAGGACCCAAGCCCUUGACAUUCUUGCCCAGAUCGCACGUGUCGAGAAAAAAAGUUUCCCUGCCAAUGAGGUCAUGAGCUUUGGGGAGGAGCUCUGGCGCAAGAAGCCCAACACGAGGGUGCUCUACACUGCGGCUUCAGGCGCAAACCCGCCGGUCGUUCUGGCCUAUGCGGUUUACGUUCGCCAAAAAGGCGUUGCCCUGCUCCACAAAGUCUGUGUAGCAGAGAGUCACCGCCGGCAGGGCGUGGGGAUUCAACUGAUGCAGUACAUUCGAACUCGUCUACAAAAAGAGGGUUGUCAAUACAUUCAGUUGUGGGUGGACCAAGACAGAGCGCCAGCUAGAGCUUUGUAUGUCCGCAGUGGUUAUGCAGAGCGAGAAGCCAUCGCGGAUUACUAUGGACCAGGCCGCACGGGCAUUAGGAUGGUACUGAAUUUGUAGUCGAGUUGGCCCUUGGGGUUCUGGACUGCUUGCUUACUGCCCCUCGAUAAGGUUGUCUGACCACGACGGGACCAAAAGUUUACAUGCGUCGAUCUCUGUUCUUCAGGCUAUCUGUCAAGAUGGCGGGCAUUUUACUCCGAGUCAGAUUGUUGACGGUUCAUCUGGUGGUUGGAAGGGGGAGGAAAACUCGCACCUUGGCUUUCCGACGCCAUCCCUUGCAGGGGCAGGAAGACCUACAUUUCACCGUGUGAGAUUCAUCGCGCGCCGCGAACCAUCAAUUCUCUGACCAUUCCCAUACU